AUGUUUUGUUUAAUUCAUUAUGUGUUCAUAAUAGUUUUGUUGGAACUGAAAAUUAUUUCGUCUGUGAAGAGUAAAAUUGAAUGUGGUUAUAAGCAAUGCCCACAAACAAGAGAUGGCGCCCUGAACGUUCACCUAAUACCUCACUCACACAUGGACGCCGGCUGGGUGAAGACCUUCGACGAAUACUACUAUGGAACUAAGACGUCAGUUAGCACGGCUAAUGUACAGCUGAUCUACCAUUCCGUACUCUCCGAGUUACUACACGACAAGAGACGCAAGUUCACCUUCUCCGAGACAGCAUACUUCUGGCGCUGGUGGAAAGAACAGCGGCCCACCACAAGGGCUACCUUCAGGUCACUGGUGCAGGAAGGCCGCGUGGAGUUCGCUGGCGGAGGAUGGGUGCAUAAUGAUGAGGCUACCCCGGAUUAUUUGCAUAUCAUUGAUCAGUAUACUUGGGGGUUAAGAAAACUUAACGAUACACUUGGACCCUGUGGCAAGCCGAAAGCAGCAUGGCAGAUAGACACAUACGGACACACAAGAGAACAGGUCUCUUUGCUAGCUCAAAUGGGAUACGAUGGUCUUUUCAUAGGUCGAGUAGACCACAAAGAGCGAGAGUCCAUGAUAGAAGAAGAUAGAAUGGAGUUCAUGUGGAGAGGGUCCGAUGUUUUAGGCAAAAUGUCAGACAUAAUGACAAACACGUUGUUCAACCUGUACAACGCUCCCGAUGGCUUCUGCUUCGAUUUCCUCUGCAACGACGAGCCUAUUAUUGACGAUCCGGACAAUAAGGUCUACAAUGCUGAUAGACGAGUAAACGACUUCAUAUCCCAGAUAGAGAGACAAGCUAAGUACUACGACCACGACAACAUCAUGGUGACCAUGGGGGGAGACUUCACCUACCAGAGCGCCGCCAACUGGUUCAUGAACAUGGAUAAACUUAUCAACCACGUGAACACACAUCCAGCGAACUUGUCCGACAUCAACAUAUUCUACUCGACACCAUCUUGCUACCUGAAAGCUAUCUAUCUAUAUGGAAGGAGAGAUAAAGCUGUUUAUACUGAAAAGGGAGACCAGCUGCCCUAUGGCAGUGACUCCCUAACGUACUGGACUGGGUACUACACAUCCAGACCUAGCCUGAAGUACUUUGCGAGAAGAGCCCAUGUCUUUCUGCAAGUAGUGAAACAGAUGACAGUGAUUGCUCGGCUUGGAGAUUCGUAUGAACUGCAUCUCUUGAGGCACGCUGUGAGCCUAGUACUCCAUCAUGAUGCUAUUACAGGGACGAGUCAACAACACGUCACGUCCGAUUUUGUACGAAUCUUGAGCGAAGCCAUCGACGCGUGUACUAAAAAGGUGUCAAAUUUACUCAGUUACCUGACUCCCACGUGGGGAGGAAGUCGCCGAACCAAGAAUAACCAGCAGUUUGUGAUAUGCCAUCAACUCAACAUGAGCCAGUGCAGGUUCACAGAAAACCAAGAAUCCAUGUUACUACUGGUUUACAACCCUCUAAGCGUGAAGACUUACCACCACGUGCGUCUGCCUGCCAUAGCUCUUCACUAUACCAUCAGAGAUUUCAAUGAUGAGGAAGUGGAAUACCAGCUAGUGCCCCUCCCAGCAGCCAUUAUCAACCUCCCCGGCAGAUCCUCUACAGCCAUCCAGGAGUUGUGCUUCGAAGCCGAGAACAUACCUCCACUUGGGUUCACUGCAUAUUAUAUUGCACCCGUUCGAGAUCAAUUGGAAGAAAACGAGUUCGCGAAGAAAUUUUCAAAAUCGAACCCUCCUGGGAAAGCUGAAGCCGAACAAGAAAUAAUUCCUUUCAUAUCUAAUGAGUACCUGAAAGUAACAGUAGAAAAAACUACCGGACUCCUGGAAUCUAUCCAGCACGUGGACGGGGUCAGGGUGGAUAUAUCGCAGAACUUCUUCUACUAUGCUCAAGGUCAGCAGACUCUGCAGUCUGGCGCCUACAGCUUCCGACCUGAUCGGCAGAGGCCUACACCUGUGACAGACAAAGUAACCUACAACACCAUCCGAGGGUCGUUAGUGAAGGAGAUCAGGCAGCGGUUCAGCGACUGGAUCACGCAGAUCAUCAGACUGUACCGUGGUGAGGAGUUCGUGGAACUCGAGUGGGUCGUUGGACCUAUACCUAUUGGCACGGACCUGGGCAAGGAGGUGGUGAGCAUGCUAUCCACGAACAUCAGCAGUAAUGGAGAGUUCUUCACCGACUCCAACUCGCGGCAGAUGAUGAGGAGGACCUGCUGGAAUGAGACUGCUAGUCAACAGCAAAAGAAGCCAGUAGCAGCUUGCUAUUAUCCCGUGACUUCUCGCAUAUGUAUUCACUCGAUGAACACCAGUAUAGAGAUGUGUGUGCUGGUGGAUAGAACUCAAGGCGGAACUUCGUAUAACGAUGGAGAGAUGGAGCUUAUGGUUCAUAGAAGAUUACUGACUGAUGAUGGCUUCGGGCUUGAGGAGACGUUGAAUGAAGAAGCUUAUGGCGUAGGCCUGGUCGUCAAAGGAAAGCAUAGGAUUCUGUUUGGCAAUUAUAGGCAAGAGGUGGACGACCAAACCUUCUCGGAGCGGAUGUCCCUCUUCUCAAGGAAAUGGCAGUACGAACCGUGGCUGUUCCUCACUUCUGGAGAGAAGGUCAACAGGAGGAAGUGGCAGAAUGUCAGGAAUAAGAGAUUUUCAGUAUUGAAGCUGCACGGUCUACCUCGCCACAUUCACGUUCUGACCUUGGAGCCGUGGAAGGCAGGCACGGUGCUGCUCAGACUUGAGAAUACGCUGGAAAAUCCUAUAAGAGGUAUAAAUGACAAGAACGAUGGCCCAGAAGAUUACAAUACGAAACCCACACAUAUAACAGUGGAAUUGAAGAAGAUUUUUCUACAAAUGAACAUUAAAAUGGUGCGGGAAACCACGUUAGCUGCUAACCAGUGGUUAGAUGAUGCGAGGCAAAUGGAUUGGAGUACCAGAUAUGUAUACAGCGGAGCUGAUGAUGGAAUUCUACCUGAAGAUGCAGAAGAAGGUGAUGAGAAACCUAUCAAAACCGGUGAAAAUAAGGAAUCAGGCCACUAUUCCGAAGAAGAUCCCGAUUACACGCGAAGAAAAUACAUCCGACCCCGUUUCUCCGACAAAUCGCGAUCCAAAAUCAAAAUGCCGAUUUACGCCGACUAUGACCGACGCAAGCGAUCUGUUAACGUCACUGGAAAUAUCAUGGAGAACACUAUUAACGAUACUUCCCUUGAUGACAUUAGAAUGAACGAAACUACAGAAACACCAAUUAAUGAUACUACAACAGCAGUUACGUUAAAACCAGAAAUUAAUGAAACAACAAAAUUCUCUGAGCCUUUCAAAUUUUUCGCGACUCAAAAGACCCCAAAAAUGAGUUUUUUGAGCCGAAUGAAGCCGAGUAAAUUGGUACCUGAUUGGGGAGCAGAGACUGAGGAGAUAGUGUCUUCUGAAGAUGACUCAGACGAUGGCAUAACGAAGUCAAUCUACGAAAUGUACUACAAACACCGUCCAAGAGCCCAAUACAGGACAUUCCAGAAGAGUUCAGAAGAAGACAUGCAGAAGAUUAGAAAGAAGAAGAAGUCGAGAAGAAUGAGAGAUAAGAAUGACUAUGAUUAUGAGGAAGCUACUACUAGGAAGUAUUUUAGGGCUAAAAAUAGAAGGGUAAAGAGUAGGGGUUUGGCAGCCGAUAUGCCUUUCUUUAUCACUGAUGGGAGAAGGCAUAAUAAUAAGGGAGAUAGAGAGUAUCUUGUGGAUGAUGGCAGAAGAAUACGGGAUAAGACUUUGAAUGAAAAUGAUGGACAUAUUAUUAAAGAAGUAACUUUGAAAUCAUCACCAAACCGUUUGAGGAAAAGGAAAGACAGCAGUGGCGUAGAACUCCAAGACUAUUCUGAAGAAGAAGAGAUUGAUAUUGAGAGGGAGAGUGAUAGGAGAACUGAGAAUAGCAGGAGGAAGAGAACCUUACCAAAAGACGACGAGCCGCCCGCAGCAGACACGGGCACAUCAGAACCGGUAGACGAUGUGGAUUAUGUCAUAACACUAAGACCUACUCAAAUAAGAACUUUUGUUAUAUGGUUUGAGAAUAAUAGGAAGAAUUAUAAUACUUAAGUUUGAUAUAAUC